AUGUCUUGGCAAGCAUACGUCGACUCCAGCUUGGUUGGCUCCGGCCACCUCGACAAGGGUGCCAUCAUCAGCGCCGCUGGCGACAGCGUCUGGGCUACCUCGAGCGGCUUCACCGUCAAGCCCGAGGAGCAGAAGGAGCUUGCCUCGAUCCUGAGCGGUGCCGAGGCUGCCAAGAACAAGGCUUUCGCCGAUGGUGUGCACGUUGCCGGUGAGCGAUUCGUCGCCUUCAAGGUUGAGGACCGCAGCCUCUACCUCAGACAGGGCCGAACUGGUGUCGUUGUCGUCAAGACAAAGCAGGCCAUCCUGAUCGGCCACUACGGCGAGAACGUGCAGGCUGGAAAUGCCACGUCGACCGUCGAGGCGCUGGCAGACUACCUGAUCAAGGCCGGCUACUAA